GAAGCCCUGGCCCCCCGUAUUAAUAGCCUGUCUUCAGUAAAUGCCGGUGAUCUGAGUGGGAGGUCGUCCAACAGCUCCCUUCUCUCAAUCCAGUCCGGCCACAAGUCCGAUUCACCCUUCCACCAGCAUGGCUUACCACCGGCACUCAGGUCCCAGCAGCUACACCGUGGGCACCAUGUCCGAGCGCUUUGACUGUCACUAUUGUCGCGCCGCACUGCACGGGAAGAAGUACGUGCAGAAGGAAGGACGCCACUGCUGUGUCAAGUGCUUUGAGAAGUUCUGCGCCAACACCUGUGCCGAGUGCCGGAAGCCCAUUGGGGCUGAUUCCAAGGAGCUGCACUUCAAGAACCGCUACUGGCAUGACAACUGUUUCCGCUGCUUCAAGUGUUCCACAUCUCUGGUGAAUGAACCCUUCAUGCUGAAGGAGAACAACAAGGUGUGGUGUAACAAAUGCACCACCAACGAGGAUGCUCCUAAAUGCAAAGGCUGCCAGAAGCCCAUUGUGGCAGGUGAUCAGAACGUGGAGUACAAGAAGACCGUCUGGCACAAGGAUUGUUUCAUUUGCAGCCAGUGCAAGAAAGUGAUUGGCACCGCCAGUUUCUUCCCCAAAGGAGAUGAGAUGUACUGCGUUUCCUGCCACGAGCAAAAGUUUGCCAAGAAUUGUGUGAAGUGUAAGAAUGCCAUCACUUCCGGAGGAGUCUCCUACCAGGAUCAGCCUUACCACGCCGAGUGCUUUGUGUGUGCCACUUGCACCAAGAAGCUGGGCGGACAACGCUUCACUGCGGUGGAAGACCUCUUCUACUGCGUGGAUUGCUACAAGUCUUUUGUGGCUAAGAAAUGCAACGGUUGCAAGAACCCCAUUACAGGCUUUGGAAAAGGCACCAACGUGGUGAGCCACGAAGGCCACUCCUGGCAUGAGUACUGCUUCAACUGCAAGAAGUGUUCCAUCCCCUUGGCCAACAAACCCUUCGUCUUCCACCUGGAGCAAGUCUACUGCCCCAACUGUGCCAAGAAGCUGUAAGAAAGGAAGGCCAAGCGAAGGGCAAGCCGCAGGAACCGCUCAGCUUUUUCCUGCGAAACAGCAUGGAGAUCUCUCUCAGCUUGCAAGUGGCCAGGCUGUUAGGCAUUUGCGUUGUAGCUUCCACCCUUCUCCCCAAAGCCCACCCCUCUUUUUGCUUUUCUAAAGGAUGUUAAGGCUCUUCCCCACCCACCCCCCUUCCCCUUUUCCCCAAUUCCUGUGCAGGUCAUGUCCAAUAAAGGGUUGACUAACUGCCGUAGCGAGCUCUGCUCUCGUGCCUUCUGCAGAGGGGCAGGCUACAUCUUACACAUCCAACGUAGAGUCGCUGCUACUCCUGGCUUUUGCGCACCUGCCACUUAGGGGGUCUAGCAGCUUCGCAAGGGUGAAUUCACAUGGCUACUUUUUCGGAGCAAUUCCUCAUCUCCCUUCCUGGGGUACAUCCCGUUUGCAAAGCCAUUAAAAAGAAAAAGAGGCUUGCAAGGAUCUGGUGGCUCAAAAAAACCAGACUGGAUAAAGAGGUGCCCAUUUGUUCUCUUGAUGUGCAGCGCCCUCAGCUUGCUACAGACCCCUUGUGGGCACCUUCUUCUUCUUUUGGGGUGGGGGGGGAAGGCACCUCUCUUCUCUUGGACAUCCAUUGAAAACAUUCCUGGUCCAUAGAGAAGACAACGCUGCAUCGGUGGAACAGCCUUCUCACUGGCUAAUUCAACUUUUGGCUCCUACGGCUGUGAUGUUGUGGUCCAAGGACCCUUUUAAUUCAGUGGUGCUCGGCCCCAAAUUACUUUUGUAAACACAACCACUAUUUUUU